AUGUACCGGUUCAAUGUCGGGGGCCAAGCCAUUUCCCCCAAGGAUGACUCGGGAUUUUACCGCUUAUGGGCUGAUGAUUCCCCAUACAUAUUUGGCGCUAGCUCUGGGGUGACAUACUCCAAAGAUAAUAAUGUGACUAUCAGGUAUACACCCGUAGUGCCAAAGUACAUAGCGCCACUUGACGUCUAUGGUACAGCUCGGUCGAUGGGACCAACUGCACAGGUCAACCUGAAUUACAACCUUACAUGGAUUUUACCUGUUGAUGCGGGGUUCAUUUACCUCCUAAGGUUCCAUUUCUGUGAGAUCCAGUCUCCUAUUACCAAGGAGAAUCAGAGGACAUUCUACAUCUACAUCAACAACCAGACAGCACAAUGGGCCACGGAUGUAAUCUCUUUGAGUGGAGGACUCGGUCGAACAUCAUAUAGAGACUAUGUUAUCAUGGCUAGUGGUUCCGGUCAGGUGGACAUGUGGAUUGCACUUCACCCUGAUAUUACAACAAAGCCACGCUAUGUUGAUGCAAUACUUAAUGGUCUUGAGGUCUUCAAGCUACAGGGUCAUGAACCGAAUAAUCUUGCUGGGCUCAAUCCUCCACUUCAACAAAAGCCUGAUGUGGAACCUAAGAGGGUACCUGGCGGUGCAAGGAAGUCCAAAAGUGGCCUACUAGUAGCCAUCGGUGGCGGUUUUGCUUUGAUGUUGAUUGCCCUUUUCAGCAUGUGUGUUAUUUUCCGACGAAAAAAAGUAGGGAAGAGUUGUUGCAAGACCAACAACGGACAUCUAAAUCAUCCCGCAUGUGAUCUCGUGCGUCAGUUCUCAUUUUCACAAAUUCAAAUUGCCACCAACGACUUUGAUGAGGAACUAAUCAUUGGCAGAGGUGGAUUUAGUAAUGUCUACAGCGGCGAGAUAGAUGGAGGGACAAAGGUGGCGAUCAAGCGACUCAACCAGGAAUCCCAACAAGGCAGUCAUGAGUUCCAGGCUGAAAUUGAGAUGCUGUGCAAUUUCCACCAUGGCCACCUUGUGUCUUUGAUUGGCUACUGCCAGGACAGUAAUGAGAUGAUUUUGGUGUAUGAAUACAUGGUUCAUGGAACAUUGCGUGAGCAUCUGUACAGUACCCGAAACUCACCACUAUCAUGGCGGCGGCGCCUUGAGAUCUGCAUCGGUGCAGCUCGAGGACUGCAUUACCUCCACACUGGCACAGAGAAAGGAAUCAUCCACCGUGAUGUUAAGACAUCAAACAUCCUACUGGAUGAGAGGUUCAUGGCGAAGGUCUCUGACUUUGGUCUAUCUAAGGCUUUUCCAGCCAUUGACAAUACCCACGUGAGCACCGCUGUGAAAGGCACCUUUGGAUAUUUUGAUCCGGAGUACUUCCUAUUGCGGCGUCUCACCAAAAAAUCAGAUGUGUACUCCUUCGGAGUCAUGUUGUUUGAGAUCAUGUGUGCGCGCCCUGUGAUAAACACUGAGCUCGCAGACGAGCAAGUGAGCUUACGUGACUGGGCGCUAUAUUGCCAAGAGAGGGGCGUACUUGAGGAGAUUGUUGACCCUUGUGUAAAGGACGAGAUCACCCCCGAGUGCUUCCGUAUAUUUGCAGAGCUAGCAGAAAAAUGUGUUGCUGAUCGUAGCAUAGAUCGGCCAACAAUGGAUGAUGUACUUCAGAACCUUGAGGUCGCACUCAGGUUGCAGGACAAUAACAACUGUGUCGGGAGGCCAUCGUCUCUUCAGAUAAUUGGAAUGCAUUCAGACAAACCAUCAACCCACUCAAUAAUUAGUGUCGCUGCACAGGGAGAGAUAUUUUCAGAUAUUAUGCAUCUGGAAGGCCGAUGA